AUGGUAUUCGACUGUACUUACCAUUCUUUGGUAGCAGCAGCCCUCUUGCUGUUGUCUCUUGCCCCUCAGCAUGUCAAAUCGAGUACGAUAACAAGCUCCUCGGGGGCAGCGCCGACUGCGAGCAUCCCUUCGACUUGCGAAUUCAGAACAAUCAAUUACAUUACGGAUUCUUUGCCUCAACUCUGCUUCAAAUCAUCAUGGAGUGCUGAUGGAAUCUCGUCUACUAAGUCGAUACCCACCGAGGGCGGCACCGCGACUCUCAUAGCGCAAGCGACUGAACCAACCGAAAACUGUGAAAACUACAACCCGGGUCAAGAUACAAUACCCUCUGUAACGGUUAAUAUAAAUAUAUCAGUCGACUCCCCGACAGAUCGGAGUGGGUCCAUAACUUCAGAGGACCUCGAACCCAGCGAGUUGAAUGACGCCUCGUUUCUGUCCUUCGAGGAAUGGAAGAAGCAGGCGCUAGAGAAGGCUGGGCAGGAAGAUGCAAACAUUGGUGGGCGAAAAUCGAAUACAGGCGAGAAUAGGAGAAGGGAUUCGGAGCACCUAAACAAUAACCUGGACACUGUGGGAGAAGAGGGAGAAAUUGAACUAGACUUUGGUGCUUUUCGAGGCGAUGGAAAGAGCCAGGAGGCUUCGCAGACUGCUGAAGCCAAAGGUUCUGAAACCAGGGAGGAAAAUAAUGAUCCAGCAAAGGGCAAACGGCGGCAAGAUCACUAUCGCAGCAAGGAUGCUGGCAAAACUUGCAAGGAGCGGUUUUCAUAUGCAUCUUUUGAUGCCGGGGCUACGGUUCUCAAAACCCACGCAGGAGCUAAGAACUCCAAAGCUGUGCUGGUAGAGAACAAGGAUACUUACAUGUUGUCACAAUGUUCAACGGAAAAUAAGUUCAUAAUUGUUGAGCUCUCGGAAGACAUUUGGAUCGAUACUGUUGUCCUUGCCAAUUAUGAGUUCUUUUCCAGUAUGGUUCGCCAAUUCCGCAUCAGUGUCAGCGACCGAUAUCCUGUGAAAAUGGAGAAGUGGAAAGAUAUCGGAACAUAUGAAGCUCGGAAUUCUCGAGAAAUACAGGCAUUUCUCGUCGAAAACCCGCACAUAUGGGCAAGAUAUCUAAGGAUAGAAUUUGUAAACCAUUAUGGUAACGAAUAUUACUGUCCCCUUUCGCUGGUCAGAGUCCAUGGUACUAGGAUGCUUGAGAGCUGGAAGGAGUCGGAGGCAAUUGGAGAGGACGAAGAUCUCGAGAAUGAAGAUGUCGGGGCCGAAGAACAGUUCGUGCCUGAUGCCGUAGCAGAUGUUGUCCAGGAGGAAGAGAGACUAAAUGCUGAACUCCGCGAAGCUGCAAAAUCAGUUGUCAGGAAUGCACAUGCUGUUGCGGCUGAGGAUGCUCGCUCAGCGGAGGUUGAACGUUUGGCAAAUGCAACUACCCCGUGGAUCAAAUCUGCCUUUUUGUUUUCAAACAUACCAGAGGUAGUCGGAGAGGACGAAGUCUGCCUUCUAGCAGAGGCGCCAAUCCAGCCCGUUCCCGCCUCUGCAGCAACCAGCACGCCGAAAUCGACAGCUUCAGAACAUCCAUCAACCAUGGAUGGCGCCACUACCAUGGUACCCACUACUCAAGGGACGUCGACCGACGUUCAAACUAAUACACACGUCACAACGGAGAAUGCAACGAUGGCAGUGACCUCAACCGUUACUUCAACUCUGUCAAAUACUACUGCCUCUUCCGUCUCCACAACUUCGGUAUCUUCAUCUACAUUCUCACCACCACCCGUUUCCGCUGCAGCAAGUAAGACCCAGAAUACAACUGUGCCGCAUAAAAACAAGACAACAAGCACGUCAUCUGCAGCGUCAUCUUUGCCAACUAUACAGGAGAGUUUCUUCAAGGCCGUGUCGAGGCGAUUGCAACUACUGGAGACCAAUUCAACUUUGUCGCUGAAGUAUAUUGAAGAGCAAUCCAAAAUCCUAAGAGAAGCCUUCUCAAAGGUUGAGAAGAAACAACUCCAAAAAUCAUCCUCCUUCCUCGACACCCUAAAUAACACUGUUCUUGCCGAGCUUCGGGGUUUCAGGCAGCAGUACGACGAGAUAUGGCAGUCCACUGUGAUAUCUCUCGAAAGCCAGAGAGAGGAAUCGCGGAAAGAGAUUUUCGCAAUCAGCGCAAGACUCAACAUCCUCGCAGACGAGGUCGUCUUUCAGAAACGCAUGUCGAUUGUGCAGUCGGUUCUCGUACUCCUCUGCCUAGGAUUGGUGAUAUUCUCUCGUGUAUCUGCCAGCGGUCAGUUUGACUUCCCCUUGCAUAGCAGGAUGCGGAAUCUAUCCACAGAUACUUCUUUUCAGAGUGGCCCUGAAACUCCUGCGUAUCGCAGGAUGGGUUCUGAGAGACAUGAGCAAUCCUGGAGUGGACAUGCGAGGCACCAAUCCAAUGAAUCUGCUAUUUCCAAAUCGAUGAACAGGGAUGGCUCUCCACCAACCCCCAUCUCAGCAGACUCAAGAUCGGAACAUAAUUUCACACCACCUCCAGGUCCGGAAGAUGUUACCCCAGAAAUAGGAGGCGAUAUUCAAGCCUCUCGGCCGGAAUACUUAGAACCAUCAGUUCAAAGGCCGAGGUCGAGUUCCACAAUAUCGCAAGAACUUGGCAAUGGCGUAUCGUCUACUCCUACUUCGCCUCCCAGAAAACGAAAAAAGCGAAAAGGCUCACUUCGUCAACAACAAAGUCCCGCACCGAGCGGUGCAGCUGAAUCUAGGAAUGUCUCCCGGGAUUCUACUCCUCACCGUAAUCAAGUUAAUAUAAUUGUCAGCCCCUCAUCGGGGUUACAAUCGCCUCCAGAAGCGGGCAACGGGCCAGGCACAGCAUCGUUUAAUAUCACCCGCAAGCCGUUACCUGCUCUACCCAAGAAUGGCGGAUAG